GGCGCAGGCGUACGACAUGAAGGGCGGCAUGGCCAGGGAGAGCCUCCUGGAUUGCCUGGCCUUCGCCGGCGCGUGGAUCGACCGCCGCAAGCAAGGGGGGCAGCCGACAGCGGCGCGCGGCGCGAACCAGCAGAAGCUGCCGUACUGCGUCGCGCGGAUGAUCGGUAAGCAGAUGAGUUUGACUGGGCUCUUCGCCGGCGCGUCGGCAGGUGGCGGCAAGGUAGGAAGCGAUGAUCGCAUGCCACGAUGCAGCGACGACGGCGACGACGAGGAAGAUGACGAUGGCGACGACUGUGAUCAUGAUGGGAGCGAGGAGGAAUUCUACGACACUGAACUGAGGUUUUGUAGAUCAGCAGGUAGCGGUUUGCCGAUCAUGGCAGAAGAGACUUGGAGCAGCAGACUGGGCCCAAGGAAGAAGAAGAUGUGAGGUGUAAACAAACAGCCUUGUUAUCUUAUGAUCGUCGAUCCUUUCUAAGCUACAUAGAGCUCAAUUUCGGUCAUUAGCUGGCUAGAGCUAGAGUGGUUGCUGAAUUGGCUAUAUAUUUUGAUGUGAAGAGUCACUUGUACGUAACCUUUGCAUUCUAGGUACGUGACCAACUUCUACAGGACUUAGCAAGAGAAUGAGCUGCCGAUUAGCUUGGCACGGGCAAUAUAUGUUCAAUGGUUACUUUGUGGGGUUACUUCCACAAAGUUGAGCACAAUCAAAUAGCAGUGUUGAAAAACAGCCUUUGUCAUCCUGAGCAUAUGCGUGGCGAGCCUUACAACUCUUUUUUAUUUUAUGAAAGA